AUGCGGCAGGUUUGCUGCUCAGCGCUGCCGCCGCCGCCACUGGAGAAGGCUCGGUGCAGCAGCUACAGCGACAGCAGCAGCAGCGAGAGCAGCAGCAGCAGGAGCAGCAGCAGCGACAGCAACAGCGGCAUCUCUCGUCCCGCUGCGCCCCCAGAGCCGCGGCCGUCGCAACAGCCGCAGCCCCGCAGCCCCGCAGCCCGGAGAGCCGCCGCCCGCUCGCGAGCCGCAGCCGCCGGCGGCAUGAGGCGCGACCCGGCCCCCGGCUUCUCUAUGCUGCUCUUCGGUGUGUCGCUCGCCUGCUACUCGCCUAGCCUCAGGUCGGUGCAGGACCAGGCGUACAAGGCACCCGUGGUGGUGGAGGGCAAGGUACAGGGGCUGGCCCCGGCCGGCGGCUCCAGCUCCAACAGCACCCGUGAGCCGCCCGCCUCGGGUCGGGUGGCACUGGUGAAGGUGCUGGACAAGUGGCCGCUCCGGAGCGGGGGACUGCAGCGCGAGCAGGUGAUCAGCGUGGGCUCCUGUGCGCCGCUCGAAAGGAACCAGCGCUACAUCUUUUUCCUGGAGCCCACGGAGCAGCCCUUAGUCUUUAAGACAGCCUUUGCCCCUCUUGACACCAACGGCAAAAACCUCAAGAAAGAGGUGGGCAAGAUCCUGUGCACUGACUGCGCCACCCGGCCCAAGCUGAAGAAGAUGAAGAGCCAGACGGGACAGGUGGGUGAGAAGCAAUCACUGAAGUGUGAGGCAGCAGCUGGUAACCCCCAGCCCUCCUACCGCUGGUUCAAGGACGGCAAGGAGCUCAACCGCAGCCGCGACAUUCGCAUCAAGUACGGCAAUGGCAGAAAGAACUCACGACUACAGUUCAACAAGGUGAAGGUGGAGGACGCUGGGGAGUACGUCUGCGAGGCUGAGAACAUCCUGGGGAAGGACACCGUCAGGGGCCGGCUCUUCGUCAACAGCGUGAGCACUACCCUAUCAUCCUGGUCGGGGCAUGCCCGCAAGUGCAACGAGACAGCCAAGUCCUAUUGUGUCAACGGAGGCGUCUGCUACUACAUCGAGGGCAUCAACCAGCUCUCCUGCAAAUGUCCAAACGGAUUCUUCGGACAGAGAUGUUUGGAGAAACUGCCUUUGCGAUUGUACAUGCCAGAUCCUAAGCAAAAGCACCUUGGAUUUGAACUAAAGGAAGCCGAGGAGCUGUACCAGAAAAGGGUCCUGACUAUCACCGGCAUUUGCGUGGCUCUGCUGGUCGUGGGCAUCGUCUGCGUGGUCGCCUACUGCAAGACCAAAAAACAGCGGAAGCAGAUGCAUAACCACCUUCGACAGAACAUGUGUCCAGCCCACCAGAACCGGAGCUUGGCCAAUGGGCCCAGCCACCCCCGGCUGGACCCUGAAGAGAUCCAGAUGGCAGACUAUAUCUCCAAGAAUGUGCCAGCCACAGACCACGUCAUCCGGAGGGAAACGGAGACCACCUUCUCUGGGAGCCACUCCUGUUCUCCUUCUCACCACUGCUCCACAGCCACGCCCACCUCCAGCCACAGGCAUGAGAGCCACACGUGGAGCCUGGAACAUUCUGAGAGCCUGACCUCCGACUCCCAAUCGGGCAUCAUGCUGUCAUCAGUGGGCACCAGCAAGUGCAACAGCCCAGCGUGUGUGGAGGCGCGGGCACGGCGGGCGGCAGCCUACAGCCUAGAGGAGCAGCGCAGGGCUGCUGUGCCACCUUACCAUGACUCCAUAGACUCCCUGCGUGACUCCCCACACAGCGAGAGGUAUGUGUCGGCCCUGACCACGCCCGCGCGCCUCUCUCCCGUGGACUUCCAUUACUCGCUGGCCACGCAGGUGCCGACUUUCGAGAUCACGUCCCCCAACUCGGCGCACGCCGUGUCGCUGCCGCCGGCCGCGCCCAUCAGCUACCGCCUGGCGGAGCAGCAGCCGCUCCUGCGGCACCCGGCGCCCCCCGGCCCCGGUCCAGGGCCCGGGACCGGUGCGGACAUGCAGCGCAGCUACGACAGCUACUACUACCCCGCGGCGGGACCGGGGCCGCGGCGCGGGGCCUGCGCCCUAGGCGGCAGCCUGGGCAGUCUGCCCGCCAGCCCUUUCCGCAUCCCCGAGGACGACGAGUACGAGACCACGCAGGAGUGCGCGCCCCCGCCCCCGCCGCGGCCGCGCGCCCGCGGCGCGUCCCGUAGGACGUCGGCUGGACCCCGGCGCUGGCGCCGCUCGCGCCUCAACGGGCUGGCGGCGCAGCGCGCACGCGCGGCGCGGGACUCGCUGUCGCUGAGCAGCGGCUCGGGAGGCGGCUCGGCUUCCGCCUCGGACGACGAAGGGGACGACGCGGACGGGGCGCUGGCGGCCGAGAGCACGCCUUUCCUCGGCCUGCGUGCGGCGCACGACGCGCUGCGCUCGGACUCGCCGCCGCUCUGCCCGGCGGCCGACAGCAGGACUUACUACUCCCUGGACAGCCACAGCACGCGGGCCAGCAGCAGACACAGCCGCGGGCCGCCCCCACGGGCCAAGCAGGACUCGGGGCCCCUCUAGGGCCCCCGCCGCCCCCUCCGCCUCGCCCGCCCCACUGUCUUUAAGGAGAACAGAG